CGUUUGGCGCGGAAAGGGAUGAUCAGAAACAACAAUAGAAGUUACUUUGAAAUUUAGUUUUGGGAUUUUUUCAAUUCUUUUACGAUGUCAUCCAUUACUAAUGGACUAGGGACAUCGGUAAAAAAAGCUGUGGGCCCUAAAGCCAAAGUGACAGUUGUUUUGGGCGCACAGUGGGGCGAUGAAGGAAAAGGAAAGUUGGUUGACAUCUUAGCUACAGAUGCCGAUCUUGUUUGCCGGUGUCAGGGUGGAAACAAUGCUGGUCAUACAGUUGUGGUUGACUCAAAAGAAUAUUUUUUUCAUAUGGUUCCAAGUGGGUUGAUUCAACCAAAAGCUGUUAGCAUUAUUGGAAAUGGUGUUGUUAUGCACAUUCCACAGUUCUUUGAAGAGUUGAAAGAACUUGAAGCUAAAGGGGUUACUGAUUGGGAGAAAAGACUUCUUGUCUCUGACAGAGCUCAUAUAGUAUUUGACUUGCACCAAGAAUCUGACAAAUUACGUGAAGGUGGAAAGGGAGGGUUGGGGACCACAAAGAAGGGAAUUGGUCCAACAUAUGCCUCAAAGGCACAAAGGAUAGGCCUCAGAAUAUGUGACUUAGUUGGAGACUUUGAGGCUUUUGAGAGAAGAUUCAGAGGACUGGUGUCACAUUUUCAGAGGCUAUAUCCAGGUCUUAGUACAAACAUUGAGGAAGAGAUAACAAAGUACAAGCACUAUGCAGAAAAGAUCCGUCCUUUGGUGUGUGACACAGUAAGCUACAUGAACAACGCACUUCAGAAUGAAUCAGCCAAAAUUGUUGUGGAGGGAGCCAAUGCACUCAUGCUGGAUAUUGACUUUGGUACAUAUCCAUUUGUUACAUCUUCUAACUGUGCUGUGGGUGCAGUUUGCACAGGUCUUGGCAUUCCACCAGCAGCAAUCGGCAAUGUGCAUGGAGUUACCAAAGCUUACACAACAAGGGUUGGUCUUGGAGGAUUCCCAACAGAGCUUAAAAAUGAACUUGGAGAGAAGAUGCAGCAGAUAGGAAGGGAAUUUGGUGUAACAACAGGCAGAAAGCGUCGCUGUGGAUGGCUUGAUCUUGUAAUGAUCAAAUAUUCACACAUGAUCAACAAUUUUACAAGUCUUGUGAUUGCCAAGCUUGAUGUUUUGGACACUUUUGAGGAGGUGAAAAUUGGGAUUGCAUACAAGUACAGAGGACAAUUCAUGAAAUCUUUCCCUGCUUGUGUGGAAGUCUUGGAUGAAGUUGAAGUGGAGUACAUUACCCUACCUGGUUGGAUGACCAGUAUUGAACAAUGUAGAACAUUUGAUGCGUUACCAGCUAAUGCACAAGCGUAUAUUAGGAAAAUUGAACAAAUUACACAAAUUCCAGUUCAAUGGGUUGGAGUUGGGAAAUCCAGAGAUGCCAUGGUAUCUCUGUUUUAGAGAUAUGAAGAGGCUUACGAAAACCAUCUUGUAUUGUGUUUGUGAAUGCAAUUUUGUUCCCAUUAACUGUUUUAUUAUUGAUGUGCUGUUUAAUUGUAUUGUAAACGAAUACGCAAAAUAUGAGUGUUGAAAUUUUACAGGUAUUUCAAUGGUAAAAAGAAACAAACAGAGCAAGAAGUUUCUGUCAAGUAACGUUGUUGAUAGGAUUCCACGCUUUGCCUGAUGAACACUACGCUGACCGCACAAUAUGACACAAGUUACUUCAGAUAUUCUUACAUUGUAUUAUUUGUAAUAAUUUUGCAAAGAAGAAGCUUUUAAACUAGUACAUUUCUGGUAACUGAAGGUGAUAUUAAUCAUGAAAUAAUGAAAUGGCCCAGCUGAUUAAAAAAAAACCUCUUAUACAAAUGAAACACCAGGGGGAUGUGUGGAUUUGUGGAUGUAUUUAUUUAAAAGCCGUGAAAAAAAAUUGUUCUGUCCGAUUACAAUUAAUAAUUUUCUAGCAGGUUAUGAGAAUUUAGUAUUCUGUAUGUAUUCUAAUGUAACUUUAACGUAACUAGUCUGCAAGUUUCUAGAAAUAUCUGUUAUAAAUGCGAGUGAUAAACAA